AUGCUUGAGACCCGCGAGUCCACGAUCCAGUCCGGCAACACUGUCCUACUCAGGGUUCCCAACGGUGACAUUCGCGGCAUUAAGAUUGAGCAGAACACGACCAUAUCCCUCGGUCGCUUCGGGUCUUUCCAUGCCAAUGAGCUGCUGGGCGAGCCGUAUGGCCUCACCUACGAGAUUAAGGAGAAGAAAUUGACCGUCAUACCUCCGAAGAGCUUCGAAGAGAUCGAGGACACCGAGGCCACGAAUGAACUCAUCAACGACGGACAAUUUGUACAGCCUCUGACUGCACAAGAGAUACAUGCUCUUAGGCAGUCUGGCGUGCAUGCGUCUGAGAUCAUCAAGAAGCAGAUUGAGCAGCACGCCAACUAUGCUCUCAAGACGGAGUACUCGAAGGAGAAGUACAAGAAACGCAAGGAGGCCAAGUUCUCCAAGGCGUUCACCACUGUUGAGCCGACUUUAUUCAACGUAUGCAAUUACUGGUUCAACAAGGACCAAAAUCGCAUCCGCGACCUACGCCCAGACUCUUUGGCGCAGAUCCUUACGCAUGCGAAUGUGCGACCUGGAGGUCGCUAUAUCGCAGUCGACGACGCGUCGGGGAUGCUCGUUGCAGGCAUUCUCGAGCGAAUGGGAGGGGAGGGUCGAUUGAUCACUAUAUGCGAUGUGGACUCGCCACCCGCCUACCCCGUCAUUGUGAAUAUGAACUUCAAACCUGGCGUCACAUCUGUGCUAUCUUCCCUCAAUUGGGCCACUGCGGACGAGGAUUACUCGCCUUUGAUUGCAUCUGCGGAUGCGGAUGAGGACGCCGAAGCACGGUCGGAACGGCAGAAGGCCCGCCUCAACAAACGCAAAGCUACAGGAGAAGGAUUGUUGAACCUCCGGGAAGAGCUCUUCACGGGCGAGUUUGAUGCUCUCAUCGUUGCAAGUGCCUACGAACCGUGGUCCAUAUUGGAGAAAUUGUAUCCCUACUUGGCGGGUUCGGCACCUAUCGUAUUCCACAGCCCGUACCACCAGGUCAUCGUCGACCUAGCCGCUCGCGUGCGUGGCAGGUCUGGCUACCUUGCGCCCACCGUCGUCGAGCCAUGGUUGCGGCAAUACCAGGUGUUGCCCGGGCGAACUCAUCCAACUAUGAACACCUCCGGUACUGGAGGCUACUUCUUUCAUGCUCUCAAGGUGUACGACGACCCAAAUGCAUCCGCCGCUGUUGUACUGCGACAGCGCAAGGUCAAGAAGGCGCGGACGGAUGAACCCGCACGCCCUCGAGUAGGCGUGAUAAGGGAGGAUCCCUCGGUAUCGGCGUCUACAACGCCAGGGCCUUCAGUAGAAGAAGGCAGGGGUACAUAUCCCUCGACCUCGACACCAGCACCUACAUCGCAAACUACGCUGCCUGAACGAAAUACAAAGGAGGCGGAGGUGAAGGCAGAAGACGCGGAUUCAACCAUGGCAGACUCCAGUCAUACAUUAUAGCAUUCGUAUCAUACGCUCGCAUUGGAAAUCUCGCCAUAUCUGUGCAAUACUAGAGUACAGGCAAACCACAAGGCUGUCGAUAACUAUGCAUACAAUCAGG